GCAGACAAGAGUGUGUUGUGGUUCUGCUUUGAUAUUUGUUUUCUAGUUUCCCCCCUCCUCUCUCUCUCUCAAAACCUCUUCACAUAACUUCUUCUCCUUCCAUCUUUCGUUGCAUUCACGUUUCCCUGAAUCACCCAUUAAAUAGAGAGCUUUGAACAAGUUUAUCUUUAUAGUCAACAAAACAUCAAUACAGAGAUGGCCGUUGAAGCUCACCAUCUAAACACUCUGUUCUCUUCUAACAGAGAAAUGAUUCAUCCUAAUCCUAUUGAAGCAAACGGCUUAGUUUAUAGCAACCAGAUGAGAUACGGCACCGUUCCGACGUUUAACCCCACCAUGGAGUAUCAAACUUCUCUGUUUAAUCCAGUAUACAACAACAUCGCACCAGUUGGUGGUUUGAUUCAUCAACCCAUGAAACCAACGAUACAAUCCGUUGAUAGUUCGGUCACAUUCAACAGCGAUAAUAAUGGUAACAACAACGUCGAUUUCAUUCGUCCUGUGUCGUCGAGAAAACGUUCCAGAGAAGAAUCCGUUGUUUUGAGUACUCCGGCUUAUAUGCAAACCCACAAAACUUCCACCGAUCCUCUCAUGUUUCUUGGCCAAGACUUGUCUUCUAACGUUCAACAACAUCACUUCGAUAUCGAUCGUUUGAUCUCUAGUCACGUUGAGAGAAUGAGAUUGGAGAUUGAGGAGAAGAGAAAAACUCAAGGUAGGAGGAUAGUGGAAGCAGUUGAACAAGGGCUGAUGAAAGCACUGAGAGCCAAAGACGAAGAGAUAAAUCACAUCGGGAAGCUAAACCUCUUUCUAGAAGAAAAAGUCAAGUCUUUGUGCGUAGAGAAUCAGAUAUGGCGUGACGUGGCACAGUCUAAUGAAGCAACCGUAAACGCACUCCGUUCCAACUUGCAACAAGUUCUCGCCGCCGUGGAGCGUAACAGGUGGGAAGAGCCGCCCACGGUGGCUGAAGACGCACAGUCUUGUUGCGGGAGCAGCGACAAGGGUGAUAGCGAGGAAGAGCGGUGGAAGUUAGCGGGAGAAGCGCAGGAUACGAAAAGGAUGCGUAGGGUAGCGACGACGACGACUAUGUGUAGAAACUGUGGAAAAGGAGAAGCAAGUGUGUUACUGUUACCGUGCAGACACAUGUGUCUAUGUACUGUGUGUGGUUCUUCACUCAACACUUGUCCAAUCUGUAAUACUCCUAAGAACGCUAGUCUACAUGUUAAUCUUUCCUCUUAGAGGGGGAUCCCUAACCAAUACCAGUAAAAUUGUAAAUGUUCUAAAAAGAAAAGUAAAUAGUUGCUAAAAGAAUCUAUCAA